CCGGCAAGGCAAGAUAAGAAAAAAUAAUAAAAUUAGUGUAUAUAAAAGAUAUCUAUUUUAUAGUUGUUCACAAAGGCAAUUCAAAAACAUAAUAACAAAAUGUUGCAGAUAUUUUUGCUUUUUGCCUUGUUUUUCCAUGCUCAUUCAAAACCAACAUACUGUCCAUUGGGUUCCUACUUUGAACAUGCAACUGAUUGUACCAAGUUUUAUCAAUGCGCACCCUAUGGCGCCCAAGAGAUGAACUGCGCUCCAGGUACUGUAUUUGAUCCCGAAAUUUCGGUUUGCAAUUGGCCUCGACCAGGUUUAUGUGAAAAAAAGACUACAGAAAUUACACUAAAUCCAGAGAUGUCUACAAGUUUUUCAGAAGAACCAACAAGAAUUUCAACAACAAUAAAACCACCAAGUACUUCUAAUAUAAUAGAAGAAGAAAGUACUACUGCAGACACUACAAUUGCAUCUGCAGAAACAAAUAAUGCUGAAAUAUCUACAGAAAUUGUUUCUCAAAAACCUGAAACUGAAGAGCCAGUAACUGAUACUCAAGGACCAGAAAACCCAACAACUGAUUCUGAAGAAACUGAAGAGCCUGUAUCUAAUAUCCCUAAUAGUACAGAUCGAUCUGAAAAUCAAUCUACUGAUACUGAAGAACCAGCAGAAAGUACUGAAAAACCAGCAGCCAGUGCUGAAGAACCAGCAGCCAGUACCGAAGGACCACAAGUGAAUAGUGAAGAACCAGCUGCCAGUACUGAAGAACCAGCAGUGAGUCCUGAACAAUCAUCAACAAGUAGUAAAGCACCAGAAGUUUCAACUGAUCUCACUGAAGAACCGGUAGCGACUGAUUCCGAGCCUGAAACUGAUGAACCGGUAACAGAUACUCCAGCACCAGAACCUUCAACAAAUAUUUCUGAAGAAUCUGAAGAGCCUUCAUCGAAGACUCCUAAUAGUACAGAAGGACCAGAUAAUCAAUCUACUGAUACUGAAAAACCAGCACCCAGUACUGAAGAACCAGUAGUGAGUACCGAAGAACUAGCAGUGAGUACUGAACAACCAGCAGCCAGUACUGAAGAACCAGUAGUGAGUAGUGAAGAACCAGCAGCCAGUACUGUAGGACCACAAGUGAGUAGUGAAGAACCAGCUGCCAGUACUGAAGAACAAGCAGUGAGUCCUGAACAAUCAUCAACAAGUAGUAAAGCAACAGAAGUUUCAACUGAUCUUACUGAAGAACCGGUAACAACUGAUUCCAAGCCUGAAACUGAUGAACCGGUAACAGAUACUCCAGCACCAGUACCUUCAACAAAUAUUUCUGAAGAAUCUGAAGAGCCUUCAUCGAAGACUCCUAGUAGUACAGAAGGACCAGAUAAUCAAUCUACUGAUACUGAAAAACCAGCACCCAGUACUGAAGAACCAGUAGUGAGUACCGAAGAACUAGCAGUGACUACUGAACAACCAGCAGCCAGUACUGAAGAACCAGUCGUGAGUAGUGAAGAACCAGCUGCUAGUACUAAAGAACCAGCAGUGAGUCCUGAACAAUCAUCAACGAGUAGUAAAGCACCAGAAGUUUCAACUGAUCUCACUGAAGAACCGAUAGCGACUGAUUCCGAGCCUGAAACUGAUGAACCGGUAACUGAUACUUUAGCACCAGAAUCUUCAACCAAUAUUUCCGAAGAAUCUGAAGAGCCUUCAUCCAAUAUUCCUAAUAGUACAGAGGAAUCUGAAAAUCAAUCUACUAAUACUGAAGAACCAGCAGAAAGUACUGAAGAACCAGCAACCAUUACUGAAGAACCAGCAGCCUCUACUGAAGAACCAGUAGUGAGUAGUGAAGAACCAGCUGCAAGUACUGAAGCGCCAGCAGUGAGUCCUGAACAAUCAUCAACAAGUAGUAAAGCACCAGAAGAUUCAACUGAUCUGACUGAAGCACCGGUAGCGACUGAUUCCGAGAAGCCUGAUACUGAUGAACCAGUAACUGAUACUGCAGCACCAGAAACUUCAACAUAUAUUUCCGAAGAAUCUGAAGAGCCUUCAUCCAAGACACCUAAUAGUACAGAGGGAUCAGAUAAUCAAUCUACGGACACUGAGGAACCAGCAGCAAGUACUGAAGAACCAGUAGUGAGCACUGAAGUCCCAGCAGUGAGUCCUGAACAAUCAUCAACGACUAGUAAAGCACCAGAAGUUUCAACUGAUCUGACUGAAGAACCGGUAGCGACUGAUUCCGAGCGUGAAACUGAUAAACCGGUAACUGAUACUCCAGCACCAGAACAUUCAACAAAUAUUUCUGAAGAAUCUGAAGAGCCUUCAUCCAAUACGCUGAAUAGUACAGAGGGAUCAGAUAAUCAAUCUGCUGAUACUGAACAACCAGCAGUCAGUACUGACGAACCAGCAGCUAGUACUGAAGAACCAGUAGUGAGCACUGAAGAACCAGAAGUGAGUACUGAAGACCCAGCAGUGAGUCCUGAACAAUCAUCAACGACCAGUAAAGCACCAGAAGUUUCAACUGAUCUGACUGAAGAACCGCUAGCAACUGAUUCCGAGAAGCCUGAUACUGAUGAACCAGUAACUGAUACUGCAGCACCAGAACCUUCAACAGAUAUCUCCGAAGAAUCUGAAGAGCCCUCAUCCAAGGCUCCUAAUAGUACAGAGGGAUCAGAUAAUCGAUCUACGGACACUGAAGAACCAGCAGCUAGUACUGAAGAACCAGUAGUGAGCACUGAAGAACCAGUAGUGAGUACUGAAGGAUCGUUAGCGAGUAGUGAAGCAGCAGAAGAUUCAACUGAUCUGAAUGAAUCAUCUACAGUGACUGAGUCUCAGGAGCAUGAAACUGAAGAAAAAGCCACAGCCACUGAGUCACCACAAAAACCAACUACAGCCGAAGAGGCUGUGUCCAAUGAUCCUAGUAGUACAGAAUCCCCGAAAGAUUCCAGUGAAACCAAUGAUACGGAUAUACCAGAAGAAAAGGUCACAGAGACAACUGAAGUACCAGAGAAGAUAACUACAGAGUCCGAAAAGGAUCCUCUAAAUAUUUGCAGGGAGCGUCCCGAUGAAAUAUUUAUUAACAACAACCCUUAUAACUGUUCCCAAUACAUAAUGUGCAAUAAUGGUAAUGGUGUAGUCUACAGCUGCACUAAUAAUCAAUUCUACAAUCCUACAACAAGAAGUUGUAGUAAAUUCCAAAAUGAUAGCUGUUCCCUAAAAUAACAUGUAGUUAAAUAUUAUACACAAUAAAUUUAAUAAGACUUUGAAA